CACAAUGAUAUUGUAACAGAGUAUAUGUAUAUCGUGUACCCUCAAUCGAGUUUGUGCUGCUGGAGGACUGGAAAUGGAAAUGUAGUGGGAGUGGGAAAGAAACUAGACUUUCAGUGCACAGUGCAGGCUAGUACAGUACCGACUGUGUUGUCGUUCGCUCGCCUCAUCCUUGGUACGCAGUGUGUUCCAUUUAUAUAUCGGUUCUUCGCGCGUGCUCCAGUGGGUGGGAAAUUCAUGAGUGCAUGUGUCUUCUUUGUCAGAAAAAGAAAAUUUAUCCGCCAAAACUCUUUCGCUAAAGAGUGGCGCGGGCGAGUCCACCUGUUAACAUGUAUAAAAGUAUAUAAUGUCGAUAGUUUGAAAUAUUGUGAGUAAGAAGUGUGUGUGCUAUGAUCAGCGACGUCACUACCGCGUGCAGUUAGUUCUCUCUUCUCUUUCUCUUCGCAAAGUUCUCAAGUUGUUCAGCUGGAGUUUUGCUUUGGCUUCAGCCAGUGUCAGUGUGCGUUUCUCCAUUGCAUCCUCCAGAGAGUGUGUCUUCGAACAUCCAUAUCAUACAGUGAGUGUAUGCGAGUGUGUAUAUUGCAACCCCCUCAACGAGAGAUGGACCCGCUAUCUUGACACACGAGAGCACUGCCUCAAUUCUCUCGCCACUGUCACAUAUACUAAUCAUGCUGACGUGACUGGUGUACCAAGGUGGAAGCGGUACAGCGGCCAAAGUGUCUGCCAGGACUUCUAGCCACCAAAUAUAAAGGAGAAAAACAUUUUUAAUUGAAGCGAGACGAAAAUUUGCGAAAAAUCCUCACACCUCUUCAUGGGAACGAAUUUAGAAUUCUUGCUGCAAAAAGGAGCCUUUAUGCCGAGACGCUCCCAUGAGCGUUUCGAGUCAAACAGCAAGGUGUCCUGAUUGUCAAUAUCAAAUAACCUUGGUUCCAAAAACCGAAGCCAAAGUAUUCACUGAACCGUGACAUUAUGCCUGCUUUUUCCACUCUCUGCAAAGAUCAAUAAAAAACAAAGAGGAAUCAUCUCUCCGGGUGGACAAAUCGACUCACCAGAUCUGUACGGCAGCACUCUUAAUGGCCGUGCAGAAUUAACCCGUGCAGUCGUUAAAGAGAGCCGCGGUUAAGACUGAACCUCGAGGAAGUGGAGAACCACCUUCAUCUCGCGUACCGCGUGAUCCUUCGGACAAAGAAGCGGACUCGCGUUCCGCUACGGGAGAAACAGAGUCAGGCUGUCGUCAUUCCAGAGGGAGAGGAGAACCUGAAAAGAGAGAAAGAGAGGGAGAACAAAACACUUCCCGGCAGAAAGAGAAAGAGGGACAAUUCAAGUGAGUGUAAAACGGAGAAGGAAAGAGAGAAGCAGCAAAACAUUGACAAAGAAAGGUGACUGAAACUCUGGCAACAAGAGAAAGAGAGUGAGCGAUUGGGAAGGAGAAGAGGAAGAGAGCGAGGGGGGUAAAGCGUUACUGUGGAGACCGAUGUUCAGGAGCGUACAAUGGCCGGGGCUCUUUCUGGGAAUGCCCCACAGCCCAUAAGUGUCGUCACCGUUGAUGGAGGUGUCGUGGAAAAUGUUAAUGGUAACCCCGAGGCGGAGCAGGACCCGCAAAAUGAAACGAUCACCGAGAAUCCCCGCUCCUACACCUCGACGGAGGCGCAAACGGAAGUGGGACCCCAAAUUGGUCCACAAAUUACUUCACUGUCUACUCAGGAAACAGAUGAUGUGCGCGACGCAAGGAGACGAGAGAGGAGAAUGAGAAGAGAGCAUCGAAGGGCCUUACGAUCAUGUUCGAUGCCACCGACUUAUCCAGGUGAUCAUGGUUGCAUGGUCUCAACGACUGCACCAGGAGUGCCACUUGUGCCCCCUGUGGGAGGCUUUUUGCAUCCUCCGCCACCUCACCUUGGUCUCCGGGGCCUUAGCCUGGGUCUGCCUUUCCCCGUUCCAGCUAGCGUCUCCGCCUUCGGCAGGGACGCAGUGCCAAAGCAAUGUUGUGGAUUGGGCUCGCCUCCCGUUCGUUGGUCCAUCCUCGGCGUUGGGAUCGUGGGACUUGUCUGCGCAGGGGCUGGAGUGCUCCUAGGGGCUCUCAGGGCAACAGGUCGUGAUCAUUUCGCUGUUGCCUUACUCAUGAUCGGUAUUGGUGUCGUAUUAGUGACUGUGAGUGCAGUGGCAUGGCGAGUGACCUGUCGAGAAAACUGCGGGAGUUUCUUUGGCUUCACGGGUAUUUCGGGAAGGAUUCCACCAGCAAGGCCAAUGCAUCCAUACGCUGCCAUGAUUUAUCCCGAAUUUCAAUUCAGGACCCCACCUCCAAGCUACCAGGCGAGUAUGCAGGAAUAUAGACUUCGAUUGUUACUGCUGGACCGUCUGCAACCUACGUCAUCGCCACCGCCAACUUAUAGGUCGAAUGCUGGAAGCAUUGUGACGCCUUGCACCACAACGAGAGAGAGUCGACCGCCGAGUUAUUGUGGACGAGCGAACGUGACACCAACAGCUACAUUGGUACCAUCGAAAAAGGACGCGAAUCUCGUCAGGAUUGUUCAAACAGAAUCCGAGCCCGUCAUUCUUAGUGGCGAUCAAACGCCUCCGGUUGCAGCUGUCGAAGUGUUGGCCCAUCUUUAGCUUGGCUUCACUUUAAUAAGGAUUCCCUCAAAUCCUUUAUUCAUGUAAAUAUACCGAAAUUCUAUUCAAAAAAAGAGAAAUGAAAAUGAUAAAAACGUUUUCACCACCAACGAAUUACAAUGCCACAAAGGAAAACUGUUUUCCUUCCUAUCCAAAGAUUAUUCUGCAUUUAAAAAAAAAUCAGAUAUCUCUCUACAUCUCUGGAACUUUCAUUGAAAAAAAUAUUUUUCUUUUCGUGAAGAAUUUUUCGCGAUUUAAAAAAUUUUCUUAAUAAACAAUUAUUUCGCAAAUAGAAAGAAUGAGAAAAAUGAGAUUCUUUUAAAUCGUUUGGUUUGAAAAAUAUAUUUUCACUAUAUUGAAAAGAGAUGAGACUGUAUGCAAAUUUCGAUUAGUUUCUAUAUACAUAUAUACCUGGAGGUUAACUAUCGCGAAUACUAAUUAUUAUGUGCGACGUGAAUGAUUUCAAAUAAUAAUAAAACUGAGAUAUCUCGACCAGUUUAUGAGAUAACUGGGAGGGAAUUUCUUAGAAGAAUUUUUACAACUACCUGACUUCUAUCACGGUUUCUUAUAGAACAAACUUCUUUAAUGUGAGAACUAAAGAAAAAAAAUAACAUCUUUUAUUAUACCCGCUCACCACAAGUUUCAGAACUUAAAAAACGCUAUAUGCAUUGUCUUAUUACAUUUUUAUUUAUAUUCCAUCUAUUUUUACCCUAGGGCUUGAAAUUGGCCCAUUGUUACGUAAUUGGAGAAAUCAAGUUUUAUUUUCUUCCCACAUUUCUCGAUUUAUAAUUUAAUUUUUAUUUCAACGAAAAGAAAAUUUAUUUUUCUGCGGCUAAAAUAAUUAAAAAAAAGUAUUUUUAAAACCGUGAAAAAUAUUUUUCCAAAAAAAGAAUACAAAUUCCUGAAUUGAUAGAUAGAUAUGAAAUAUAAAUAUUAUAUUAUAUAGUAUACAAUAGUAUAUAUAAAAAAGAAUAUAAUUCGAUGAAAAAAAAUAUUGAAUAUAAUGAAUUUAUAAAUAUAUAUAUAGAAUGCCUUAGAAAAAUUGAAAAGAUUACUAUUAUUAAGAUUGCUGAUAAUUCAGGGUGGGUUCUUGCCCCUGUAAUCAACUUACAAUAUCCUGUUGAACAAACCAGGUGUGCAAGCAGUGUAUUGGAACAAUCCAGGAAGAAGAAUAAAUUACAGAAUCUAAAUAGUCACUGGGUCACUGACCGCACUAAUAAUACACUUCCAACUUUUGAUUCAGUAAAAUUAAUGUUACUUCGAAACUUUUCAGGAGACAAUAAAAUAUCAAAUAUUUAUAAUACCGUCUCAUAAUAUUAAACAUUUUCCAUUCCAAAUAUUUUCUCCAAAUAUUUACAUUCUUCAAAUUGUUCACAUUUUUGUCCAACAAAAAAACAAAUAUUAAAGAAACGCCAAUAAACAUAUAAAUAAUUCCAUGUGAUAGUAAAAAUAAGUAAAAUUAGU